AUGUAUGGAAGAUCAGGGCUUGACAGGUUUAGGAAAUCUCAAACUUCGGAACCCUUCUCAGUGACGGCAAAUCCUCCAGCGAAGCCAGUGGUUCAACACUUAUCUCCGGAGGCGGGGCAAACUCAGAUUGGAGCGAGUCAGUCAAGUUGGCAUCCGCCUGACUGGGCGAUAGAGCCUCGCGCCGGUGUCUACUCUCUGGAGGUUGUGAAAGACGGCCAGAUCCUUGAUCGGAUUCAUCUAGAUAGACGGAGACACAUCUUCGGGAGGCAACAUCAGACUUGUGAUUUCGUGCUUGAUCAUCAGUCUGUUUCCCGCCAGCACGCCGCCGUCGUUCCCCACAAGAAUGGCAGCAUCUUUGUGAUUGAUUUGGGAUCAGCUCAUGGUACGUUUGUUGCGAAUGAGAGAUUGACGAAAGAUAGUCCUGUAGAGCUUGAAGUGGGGCAGUCCUUACGAUUCGCUGCCUCCACAAGAAUCUACGUUCUGAGGAAGAACAGUGAGGCUCUCUUCACUCGCCCUCCACCUCCAGACGAGAUCAAGCUUCCUCCGCUUCCUGAUGCUUCUGACGAGGAGGCUGUUGUUGCUUACAAUACGUUGCUCAAUCGAUAUGGUUUAAGCAAUGGAGGAGAAUCAGGUUGUGUGUUAGGUAAAAGGAAAGACAAGGAUGGGUCAGAAGUGGGUGUGGGUAAGAGGAUGAAGAAACUACGAGUGACCUUUAAAGAUCAACUAGGAGGAGAGCUUGCUGAGGUUGUUGGGACAUCAGAUGGAGCAGACGUUGAAACAGAGCCUGGUCCCAUUGGUGUCACAGAAGGUAGCCUUGUUGGGAAAUAUGAGUCGCUGGUGCAGGUGACUUUGAUACCCAAAGGCAAAGAGAAGGAAGAGAAAGCUUUUACAGGAACAAGAGGUGUGACUGUGACAGAUAGACUCCAGGAAGCAAUGAAUUUGGUUAAAGGGGGUCCAAAAGGAGGGAUAUAUGAUGAUCUUUACGGUGGUGACUCGCUUACCAAGGCCGUUGGUAAGUCUUGGGCUUCUGCGAGUGAACCACCAGCUAAAGAUAAAGACGAAAGUAAACGCAGAGGGGUUGAUGAAGAAGAUGAUAACGACGAUCUGUUUGGUGACUGA